AUGCUGGAUCAAAGAAAAUACAAGCUUUACAAGACAGAAUUAUGCAGAAACUGGCAAGAAAUGGGCAAUUGCAGAUAUGCAAAGAAAUGCCGUUUCGCUCAUGGCAAAGAGGAACUUCGAUGUGUAAAGCGCCAUGCUAAAUACAAGACGGAUAUUUGUAGAACCUUUCACGAAACAGGCACUUGUUCUUAUGGUGUUCGCUGUAAUUUCAUCCAU